AUGCAAUUUAACACCAAUAUUGAGUGUGUAAAAGAUGCUGUAGAAAAAGGAUGUUCAACGGAUACUGCUGCUGUAUUGGGAUCGGUGCAAGAUGCUAUUAACGAUGAAAUUAUAUCACAGGAAUGUUUUAUGCUACAAAUUGAUAACACUUCAACAUCUGAUGGUGACUUUAGUCUAAAUCCACUGUAUCCAAAGUGUACCACUCAACAGGAGAAUAUAGCAUUAUCAUGCUUGGUUCAACUCACUGAACUGAACAAAUACAUGGUACAAUUCCAAUCACUAAACUUUUUACUUGAAAUUAGCAAUAGUAAUUCAAGUUUAAUGAAUCUGAUUUGUAACCUAUAUGAUAACUAUACCGAAUGCCUUGAUGUCAAUGUGUUUACAACAUCUGAUAACACUCGUUGCUCUUUUAACUCACCACUUAACACCUUAGCAAGAAUUGGACUCUCACCACUUUGUGAUAACAACACCCGUGAAUUGCUAAAUAAGAAUCAUGACUGUAUAAAGGAAAUUGAGAGCAAUGCAGCAAAAUGUCAGAUGUGGCUUGGGGAACUUGGAAACUCAGUUAAUAUGAUGUUACAAGGCGUUCAUGGUGAAGCUCUACUCUGCAAGUCUUUUUAUUCUAUUCGAAAUGCCUUUGACUGCGCUGAAGAAUUAGUCUCUGAAAAAUGUUCUCAAGAAGCCGGGGCAGAUUUACUGCAGUUACGAGAACAGAUUACUGUCUACGGCAUUGAAGAAGGCUGCCCAGCAGAACAGCCACAAAAUUUGAACGAAAUUAUUGAGAAACAACUAAGCACAAUGAAGCGACCACCAAUUGCAGCACCUACGGCACAUUCAUUGCCAAAAGUUGUAUGUGAUCCGGAGGAGCAAAAGAAAUUCCAGGCUUGCGUUCAAACCAUGACAAACUUCCAGCCACAUCCAUUAGCAGUGAUCAAACAGCCAAAGCUCAUCGACGAUGCCUGUGCUCAAUUUAGGCAAUUUAAGCUGUGUCAGGCUAACAUUAGUUGUCGCCCACUGUGGUCGGUUGGGAUGUCAGCAAUGUUUGAAUAUGCUUGCGGUCAAGGAUACAAUAAUUACAUUCAGGUUCGUCAAUGUGUCAGAAAGGUGACAACACGUGAGGAUGUCCGAGAAUGUGUUACUGCAUUUUCACGAGGUGAACCACAGUAUGCUUGUUUAAGUUCAAACACGCUUUUGGCAUGUGCUCAGCCAAUAAUCGCGGAAAAAUGCGGAGCUGCUGCUGGCGAUUUUGUGAAAAAUUACGUUUCAACUUUUGCAACUGCAAUAGACCCAGCAUGCAAAAUUGGAGGAAAGCUCACUGGAGCCGGUAUUCAGACUCAUAACUGUACUGCUGAAGAAGACUCUUUGAUACAACAUUGCGCAGCACCGCUUAAUGAACUAUCACUGCGGCUGGACGAAUUGUUCGCAGGUGGCUUACAAUCAUUUUUAUCAAACGUUAAAAAUCUGGCCCCUGUUUUCGCACAAGGAUGCAACUUGACAAUGGAAUUUCGUCACUGUGCUCGACCUGUGCUUGGAAGUAAUACAGCAUGCGUAGUCUCCAGUUGUAUGAUCCGAGCUGGAGAUGGAAUAUGCAGCCAGUCGGAUACAGCUGCAGCCAUAGAUGAAAACUUGAACUGUGUUUUCAAGCAAGCGGCAGAUCAGGAGUUCGCGAAAUGUAUUCGUUCAACUAUAUCGACGUUGAAAGUUUUCACUCUUGAAACACUCCGCACUGUACUACCUCAGUUUGUAAACUGCGUAGAACAUAUUGUUGUAGAACGAUGUGGGCAGACUCCAUUAAACGUUUUACGAGCAAUAAGUUCAACAGACUAUUGUCCAAUCGCGUUAGAAAACACAAUUAACUUUGCCUGCCCUGCCGAACUACAAGAAAAACAUUCGACGUGUACUACAGAUUUCUUUAACAAAUACGUCAUGGUACCCGUCAGUAUUCUAAAUGGUGAAUACGACGUGGACAAAGUAUAUUUUAAGGAGCGAGCUAUGAUGGCAAUGUUGACUUUUGCGUGCGUUAAAAAAGAGGUGUUCAAAAAGCAUUCCGCUUGCUUGGCUACCGUAGCAAGUUCAACGGUGGGUGCAAAAUGUUUUGAGCCAUACUUUAACAACCCAGGAGUUCCGCAUUGCUCAGCGAUGACCCGAACUAUAGACUGCACUGCCCCAUUAGUUUUAGAAAAAUGCGGUACGGAUGGCUUACAGUUUUCAGUUGAAGCGAUGAACGCAUUCUCUCAACAAGUUGGCCCUUGUCUGAUUCGUAUUAAACCAUCGGUUACGAAGAAUGAGUGCUCGGAAACCGACCUUAUAGAAUAUCUUCAAUGUGAAGCUGUAACAGAUCCAUACAGUUUUACGCCAAUUGCUUAUUUGAAGAAUGCUUCCCAAUGGGAUGAAUUCUGCGCGGCCACAGUGAACUAUACAAGAUGUGCCGCAAACAUGUCUUGCAAACUAGAACCACUAACUUCUGGAACUACAACCUUUUAUAAGGCUCUUUGUGGUGAUGAGAGCAGUGUAUUAAAAGCACCUUCGUUUGCGCCCUGUCUGUCCCGUUAUAUCGCUACUGAAGAGGGUCAAAAAUGUUUGAAACCAUUCGGUGCAGUUGAUUUAUUUACUAAAGAGGGCCCAGCAGCCCUUUGUUCAAGCGUCGAAUCCGCUCUAAGUUGUGCUGCCGCAACUAUUCACCAACAGUGUGGUAUACUGGCUUUACAACAUGUAUAUAAUACCCACGUUGCUUGGACCCAAGCCUUCAACAAGUCAUGCACGUUGACGAAACCAUACUCACUGGAGGUAGUCAGUACGGUUCCUAAUCGUGAGACCACAGGAAACGUCCAUGAAACUGCUACUGGGAUGGUGACUGACACGAGCACAAAGCCGCCACUGCCAAGUAAAAACACAGAAGUUUCGACCACCAAACCAGAACUAAGUACGGAAGAUAAGACACAACUUGGAAUGACUGAGACAACGGGACAUCAGACAACAACACCUGCAUCUAAGGAAACUGCUGGUGAAGCAGUUCCAGAACCCGAACCUGUUCCGCAGCCAACUCCUGAACCGGAACCAAAGCCCGAACUUCAACCAACAGAGCCGAAGUCCGAAGCAGAGCCGACUCCUGAACCUCAGGCAGAACCUGAACCAGAGCCAGAGCCUACGUCUGCAACACAAAAGCCAAUUGAAGCAGAAAAUCCAGUCCUCGGACACGAACAAGAACAUCAUGAUGAGGACGCUGAUGCUACAGUUGACGCAGAAGCUGAACCAGAAAGUACUACAACGAUAUCGCUUAGUGAUAUUAGGACUAGAGGUAAUGCAAACCUUCUUCUUACCAUAAUUCCAGCCAUGUAUUUUUGA